CCUGUCGUGUCAAAAGUUUAAAGAAUUUCGAGAGGGUGAUGUUUAAUUAAUUACGUCGUAUUUCAAACAAUUAGUUAAAGUAAAAUGUUGACGAAGUUCGAGACGAAGUCUGCUCGAGUGAAGGGCUUGUCCUUCCAUCCGAAACGUCCAUGGGUGCUUGCAAGUUUACAUAAUGGCGUUAUCCAACUAUGGGAUUACCGUAUGUGCGCCCUGCUCGACAAAUUCGAUGAACAUGACGGACCCGUUCGAGGCAUAUGUUUUCACAAUCAGCAGCCAUUAUUUGUUUCUGGCGGCGACGAUUAUAAGAUUAAAGUUUGGAAUUACAAACAACGAAGAUGUAUCUUCACCCUUUUGGGUCACCUGGAUUACAUUAGGACCACAAUGUUUCAUCAAGAAUAUCCUUGGAUCCUCAGUGCUUCAGAUGAUCAGACUAUUCGAAUCUGGAACUGGCAAAGUCGCACUUGCAUUUGUGUACUGACUGGACACAACCAUUAUGUAAUGUGUGCCCAAUUUCAUCCCACAGAGGAUAUCAUCGUGUCAGCUUCAUUGGAUCAAACGGUCCGCGUUUGGGAUAUUUCCGGAUUGCGCAAGAAGAACGUGGCACCGGGUCCGGGAGGUCUCGAAGAUCAUCUGAAGAAUCCAGGAGCGACCGAUUUGUUCGGUCAAGCCGAUGCAGUAGUGAAAUAUGUUUUGGAAGGUCACGACAGAGGCGUAAACUGGGCAUGCUUUCACGGAACAUUGCCUCUUAUUGUCUCCGGAGCUGACGAUCGACAGAUCAAAAUGUGGCGAAUGAAUGAUGCUAAGGCUUGGGAGGUAGACACAUGUCGCGGUCAUUACAAUAAUGUGUCCUGUGUACUCUUUCAUCCUAGACAGGACCUCAUUCUUUCCAAUUCAGAAGAUAAAAGUAUUAGAGUCUGGGACAUGACGAAACGCACAUGUUUGCACACGUUUAGAAGGGAACAUGAGAGAUUCUGGGUUCUUGCCGCACAUCCAACGCUUAAUCUUUUUGCCGCCGGUCACGAUUCUGGAAUGAUAAUUUUCAAACUCGAGAGAGAACGUCCCGCAUAUGCAGUUUGCGGAAAUCUUCUAUAUUAUGUGAAAGAUCGUUUUCUUCGAAAGCUAGAUUUCACCACGUCAAAGGAUACAUCGGUGAUGCAAAUACGCGGCGGAGGAAAAACUCCACCUUACAGCAUGUCGUACAAUCAGGCGGAAAAUAGCGUUUUAAUCUGUACAAGAUCGCCCUCGAAUAUUGAGAAUAGUACUUAUGAUUUGUAUAUGAUACCACGUGAAGGAGAUUCGAGCACGGAUGCUGAUACGAAACGGGCAUCCGGUGUUACUGCCAUUUGGGUUGCCAGAAAUCGAUUCGCUGUAUUAGAUAGAGCAUAUUCGUUAGUUAUCAAGAAUUUAAAAAACGAAGUCACGAAGAAAGUACAAAUUCCAAAUUGUGACGAAAUAUUUUACGCCGGUACUGGUAUGUUGCUUUUGCGCGAUCCGGAACAAGUAACACUGUUUGAUGUACAACAGAAGAGAACAUUGGCAGAAGAAAAAAUCGCCAAGUGUAGAUACGUUGUAUGGUCCAGCGACAUGUCUCAUGUUGCACUGUUGGCCAAACAUACCGUCAACAUUUGUAAUCGUCGAUUGGAAUCUCUCUGUUGCAUACACGAAAACACUAGAGUAAAGUCCGGCGCUUGGGAUGAUUCCGGCGUAUUUAUUUACACGACCAGCAAUCAUAUUAAAUACGCAAUUAGCAAUGGUGAUUACGGCAUCAUUCGUACGUUAGAUUUACCGAUAUAUGUUACGAGAGUAAAAGGCAAUCAAGUUUAUUGCUUGGAUCGAGAAUGUAAGCCGAGGAUUCUCCGAAUAGAUUCAACAGAAUACAAAUUCAAGCUAGCAUUAAUUAACAGAAAAUAUGAGGAAGUUUUACAUAUGGUUCGCAACGCAAAUCUUAUUGGGCAAUCGAUUAUAGCAUACUUGCAGCAAAAGGGAUAUCCAGAAGUGGCUCUUCAUUUCGUGAAAGAUGAAAAGACCAGAUUCGGUCUUGCACUUGAAUGUGGAAAUAUCGAAGUCGCAUUGGAAGCGGCGAGAUCGCUCGAUCAAAAAUCGUGCUGGGAGAGUUUGGCGCAAACAGCUUUACUGCAAGGCAAUCAUCAAGUUGUGGAAAUGUGUUAUCAAAGAACCAAGAACUUCGAGAAAUUGGCUUUCCUUUAUUUAAUAACUGGUAACUUGGAAAAGCUACGCAAAAUGAUAAAAAUCGCAGAAAUUCGGAAAGAUGUGUCUGGUCAAUAUCAAGGAAGUUUACUUCUUGGAGACAUUUACGAACGGGCUAAGAUUUUGCGGAACUCUGGACAAGCAUCGUUGGCAUAUGUUACUGAGAAAAUUCACGGAAUAUCAAAUGAAGAUGAUGACGGCGAUUAUGAAUCGAUGAGCGAGGAACUUUCUGCGCUGGAGAAAGGUGCCACAUAUCUUCGUCCACCUGUACCUAUUCAACAAGCUGAGAACAACUGGCCGUUGUUGACUGUUUCUAAAGGCUUUUUCGAAGGCGCAAUGAUGUCCCGCAGCAGGACUCAAGUGGCUGCUGCUCUUGCUCUAGAAGACAACGGAGAAGCAACCCCUGAAGGAUGGGGCAAUGACGAGGAACUCGGUAUAGAUGACGAAGAAGGCGUAGACACGGAAAUUGUGCCAGAAGGUGAAGAAAAUCCUGGAUGGGAUGUCGAGGACGUUGAUCUUCCACCAGAACUCGAAGCUGCAGCGACUUCCGACGAAAGCAAUAAUUAUGAAUGUCUACCUACUAAAGGGGUUUCACCACCACAGCAUUGGGUUAAUAAUUCUAAAUUAGUAGUUGAUCAUAUAUUGGCUGGAUCGUUUGAAUCCGCUUUCAGACUAUUAAAUAAUCAAGUCGGAGUUGUGGAGUUUGGACCUUAUCAAUCUCUGUUCUUAAAUACGUACUCUCGCUGCAGAACAUCAUACGCUUGUUUACCUAGUAUACCAUCAUUAUAUGGAUAUCCUCAAAGAAAUUGGAAGGAUACUAACUGGAAAGAUACUACGUCGAAAACAGGUUUACCUGCGGUGGGAUUGCAUCUUACUGAAUUAGUUCAGCGUCUUCAAGUAUGCUAUCAGUUGACGACCAACGGCAAGUUUGCCAAGGCAAUAGAAAAGCUGCAAAGUAUCUUGCUAAGUGUACCAUUACUCGUUGUCGAUACUAAGCAAGAUAUUGCAGAAGCUCAACAGCUGAUUCAGAUUUGUCGCGAGUAUAUCUUAGGUUUAAAGAUGGAAACUGAGCGUAAAAGUCUGCCAAGAGCCACAUUAGCAGAACAGAAAAGGAUUUGCGAAAUGGCAGCUUAUUUUACGCAUUGUAAUCUACAACCUGUACAUCAGAUUCUUACUCUUCAAGUAGCUGUGAAUUUGUUCUACAAGCUAAAGAAUUACAAAACUGCUGCUUCGUUCGCGAGAAGAUUACUCGAGCUUGGACCAAAUCCAGAACUUGCACAAAAAAUUCGAGUUUUGUUACAGUCUUGUGACAAGAAUCCUGUCGACGAGCAUAAAUUAGUGUAUGACGAGCACAAUCCAUUCUCAUUGUGCGCAAGCACGUUCACACCUAUUUAUAAAGGAAAACCGGAAGUAAAAUGCCCCUUAUGUGGUGCCAGCUACAGUCCACAGUUUAAAGAUACAGUAUGCAAAAUAUGCGAAGUCGCGUUGAUAGGCAAAGAACAUUAAUAUUCCAUUUAUACUGUUAUCAAUUUAUGAAUUUUUAUUCAAUCAGAGGAAUGUUGAAACAUUUCUCUCAAGAAAUCUACAGAUUUUCUUAAUUGUAAGAUACACAGUUUUAAUAAUUUCAAAUUAGAGAUCAAAAGAGAAGCAAGAAAUAUUUCUAGCUUUAGCAAAAAUAGAUGUACUUUAGCAUUCCGUAAGAUUUGAAUCUUAAACAUACUUCUAAAUAUUCUCUAUUAAUUGAAUGUGACAAUUUCUUUUGUAUAUUUCUAAUUCUAUUUUAAUUUACAGCAUUAUUUUGCUUUAUAAUAUGUGUUAAAAGUGGACAUAAAAGUAUAAUGCAUUAACAGAGAUAAAUAUCUCAACUUAGGAUGAUUUAUAAGAAAAUUAAAAUAUUUAUGUAAAAAGAGUGCAAUGUUUGCGAAUAAAAUCUUACAAAUUCC